GGCAGGGCUGAGACGGUGGUACCUGAGUCGCUGCUCUUCUGUUUGUGUUAGAAGCUCAGCUGAUGCGGCCGGGCCGGAGUAGUCGUCAGUGCCCAGAAGAGGUAAGACCAUGAAUUAUGGCAUUUUUAAAAUGAAGCAUUCAGGAAUGAAGUGAGAGAAAGUCAUAUAACAUAUAGAAAAUAAAUGAUUUUUAAGUUAUGUCUAUUAAUUUGACUAUAGAUUUAUAUAUUUACCUCCUUAGUAAUGCAAGAAAUCUUUGUGGGAAGCAGAGAAGCAAGCAACUGCAGUUCUUCUGCUCACCUAAACAUUACUGGAGGAUAAGCCACAGCAGUCUACAAAGAGGUUUUCAUACAAACAAAAUAAGAUGUAAAUUGACCAAAAGUGAAGCACGUUCUUGGAGUAAGCAGUGUUACUGUCCAAGUAACCAUGGGUUACAUAUUGGAAUUUUGAAACUUAGCACUUCUGCUCCUAAGGGACUUACAAAAGUGAGCAUUCAUAUCUCCCGUAUUAAAAGUACUUUGCACUCUGUUUCAAAGGCAGUUUUUGGCAAACAGAAUGAAAUGAUUUCACGUUUAGCGCAAUUUAAGCCAAGUUAUGGAAUAUUAAGAAAAAUAAGAGAUAGCAGCUGGUUAAAACAGAAAAACAUUAAACAAGCCAUCAUAACUCUGAAAAAGUAUAGUGACAAAUCAACAGAAAAGAGUUCCUUUCCACAAGAUGAAAGCCAUGACAUAGAUAAAGAUGAAGAUAUAGGUAAACAAAGCCUUUUUCAUUACACUGGUAGUAUAACUACAAAAUUUGGAGAGUCAUUCAAUUUUUUAUCAAACCAUAUUAAUUCAUAUUUCAAGCGUAAGGAAAAAAUGGCUCAAAAGAAGGAAAGUAAACAUUUCCAGGAUAAAUCAGAACUUGAAGGUAUAAAGGUUGAUGAAGAUGAGAAAUUCAGUUCUCGGGUUGCUGGCAUCCUGACUGACAAGAGGCCAGGCUCAGAAUCUUCUUUAGAUACUGUCAAGGAGCCUGCAGAUCACAGUGAGACACCUAAAGUUCUUCCAGUUUCUACUAAACAAAGUAUUGCUAACUUUCUUUCUCAUCCCACUGAAGGUGUACAAGCCUUAGGUGGUUACAUUGGUGGACUUGUUCCCAAAUUAAAAUAUAAUUCAAAAACUCAGUCAGGAGACCAGGAAGAGGCAGUUAAAGCUGAGCAGGAUAUCAGCAAAGAAAAAAUUGCAGAAGAGAAAAAGCGUUUAUCACUUCAGCGAGAAAAGAUUAUUGCAAGGGUGAGUAUUGAUAACAGAACCCGGGCAUUAGUUCAAGCAUUGAGAAGAACAACUCAUCCAAAGCUCUGCAUUAAUAGGGUUGAAGAACUGACUUUUCAUCUUCUAGAAUUUCCUGAAGGAAAAGGAGUGGCUGUCAAGGAAAGAGUUAUUCCGUAUUUAUUACGACUGAGACAAAUUAAGGAUGAAACUCUUCAGGCUGCAGUUAGAGAAAUUUUGGCUUUAAUUGGCUAUGUGGAUCCAGUAAAAGGGAGAGGAAUCCGAAUUCUCACAAUUGAUGGUGGAGGAACAAGGGGUGUGGUUGCUCUUCAGACACUGCGAAAAUUAGUUGAACUUACUCAGAAGCCAAUUCAUCAGCUCUUUGAUUACAUUUGUGGUGUAAGCACAGGUGCCAUAUUAGCUUUCAUGUUGGGAUUGUUUCAUAUGCCCUUGGAUGAAUGUGAGGAACUUUAUCGAAAAUUAGGAUCAGAUGUGUUUUCACAAAAUGUCAUUGUUGGAACAGUCAAAAUGAGUUGGAGCCAUGCAUUUUAUGACAGUCAAAUGUGGGAAAAGAUUCUUCAGGAUAAAAUGGGAUCUGCACUAAUGAUUGAAACUGCAAGAAACCCCACAUGUCCUAAGGUAGCUGCAGUAAGUACGUUAGUGAACAGAGGGAUAAUGCCAAAAGCAUUUGUGUUCAGAAACUAUGGUCAUUUUCCUGGAACCAACUCGCACUAUUUGGGAAGCUGUCAAUAUAAAAUGUGGCAGGCCAUUAGAGCCUCAUCGGCUGCUCCAGGCUACUUUGCAGAAUAUGCACUGGGAAAUGAUCUUCAUCAAGAUGGAGGUUUACUUCUGAAUAACCCUUCAGCAUUAGCAAUGCAUGAAUGUAAAUGUCUUUGGCCAGAUGUCCCGUUAGAGUGCAUAGUAUCUCUGGGCACUGGACGUUACGAGAGUGAUGUGAGAAACACCAUGACAUACACAAGCUUAAAAGCCAAACUGUCUAAUGUUAUCAACAGUGCUACAGAUACAGAAGAAGUCCAUAUAAUGCUUGAUAGUCUGUUACCUCCUGACACCUAUUUUAGAUUCAAUCCUGUAAUGUGUGAAAAUAUACCUCUAGAUGAAAGUCGAAAUGAAAAGCUGGAUCAGCUGCAGUUGGAAGGAUUGAAAUACAUAGAAAGAAAUGAAGAAAAAAUGAAAAAAGUUGCAAAUAUAUUAAGUCAAGAAAAAACAACUCUGCAGAAAAUUAAUGAUUGGAUAAAAUUAAAAUCUGACAUGUAUGAAGGCCUUCCCUUCUUUUCAAAAUUGUGACAAGUGUAUGCAUGUAUUCUUAUAAAUGAAGGUCUCAUCAGAAGAUCCACCAAAUUCAGUGAGGAAUUGUGGAGUUCAAUACUUAUGAAUUGUGGGGAAUCCUGGAAAAGACAGUGCUUGGACCACUGUGCACUGUAUAGAGAGUAUGCUUGGUUACAGAAUUCUUAUGGGAAUUGGUUUUGUGGUGUUAAUAAUUACCUGAGCUAAUUUAGGGAUCUUACUAUUGUAAGCUAGUUGGUUUUAGUAGAUAUUGGUGUUACAGUGUUAGAAUGUUUGAAAGUUUGUUAAUAUAGGUGCCAAACAAGAAACUGAAAACUAUCAUAUUGCACUUUGUAUUUUUGCUUUAGUUACCAUAAUCAUGUUCAAUUUAUUUGAUCAUUGGUUUCCUUUCAUGUGGAAAAGCUAAUUUCUUCUAACUUUACAUUACUUAGGUUUUCACUGGCUACAUUCUGCAAUCCACAUAAUGACUUUUACUGUAAUAUCUAAAUUGACAGAUGCAAAACAUGGAGUUUUCUCUGUCAAAAUACUUUUACUUUGAAAUAUAAAAGAGCUAGGUACAGUUUCCUAUUCAAAAUUUACUUAUCAUAAUAUUGCUUGUUUCAAAAAGGUAGGUGGUGUCCCUAUCAACCACUUUUUCCUACCUGAAAUUUCAAGAUAAUACUGCAUGUUAACUUUUCUAGACUAGUUCUUGCUUAUUCAUUGUUGUAAAAUUAUUUGAAUUUACUGAUAAUAAUAUUUCUGUUACUAAAAAAAAUAAACUAUUGGAAUAAUCUGUUGUUAAAAAGAGUAAUGUCAUUUUUAAAAUUAUUUUUCGUUCAUUAUGUAGCACCUUAUUUCUUUGCAGCAUCUGAAUACACCUGUCAGCAAUAUGCUUUAAAAAAGUAAGGCCUGUUUUACUUUAAUAACUCAUUUAACCCCCUUUAUCUCACAGAAGUUAAUGACAUAUGCUCCCAAAUCAUCUUUGUUGUGUUCUCUCUCCAUUUGCUUUGUAAAUCCUUACAUCGUGAUUGGCUUUCUCAAAGAAAAUGAACAAAAGAUAAAUCCUCGUUUCUUUAUAGUUUCACAUAAACUGAACAUCUUUUGCCCAAAUUGUGACAUGGCUUCUUUGUGAUGUAAAUUUGUAGAGGCAGUGAGAUAAGGUUCAAAGAAUGCUGAAGGGAGAUGAAAGUCUGGAUGCUAACCCUGGCUCUGCUGCAGAGUCCUUAUGUUUGUAACCUUGAGGAAGGCAGGCAACCACUCUGGGCUUCAGAUCUUUCAUCUGAAAUAAGGAAAACCAGUUCUUUUUCUUUUUUUUAAACUCUACUUUUAUGGCAAUGCUCAAGGUAAAUUCUGUAAAUUCUGUACAGGAGAAAGAUUGGAAAAGAUGUAAAAAUGAGUUUUCAGUCCUAUACAGGUUAAAAUAUCUGCCCUUUUCAGAGGUAAAGAGGAAGAAUAGUCUGUUCGGGGAGGUGGGUGGUAUAAUAAAUUCUGUAACUCAUCAAUUAUAUAAAAAUAUAAAGAAUAAAAAUUGCUU